CGAAGAAGAGUAAGGUUCCUGAUGUCGUCGUAGGUUUGAGUAGGAACGCGAUUAGGGUUGAUGAGUUGGAUUUUGUAACUUAACAAACUAGCAAGAAUUUAAAUGAAACAAAAGGUGGCCUUCUGUGUUUUGCCAAGUUCGCGAUGCUCGAAUGUUAGAAGAGGAUGCAUACAAAGCAGGUGUGACCACAUUAAGACAAUCUCUCCACUAAAAUCAAGACGCUUCACCGAUACCAACCUAAACCUAGGUCCACAACACCCCACCCCACCAACCUCUUCAAGCCUCAACCUGUUCCUGAUCCGCAAAAAUCUGAAACUCCUCUGGCUGUUCCCCAGGACAAAGCUCCACACUCCCCGUCCCCAUAACAGUAUACUCCGCAGCCCUCGUCUCUGGACCCUCAGGCACAAGCCAAACUGCCAUUCAUUAGCACACAUUCUCCUCUCCCCCUCCUCUCCUCUCCUUUCCCCUCCCAAAACCCAAGAAGUACAAAACAAACCAUGCAUCAACGUCAAAUUCCCCCUCCCACCCCCGACAUCCGUCAAAUUCGCACUAACCGUCUCAUCCGCACACGCCAUAAACCCACUCUGAUCGCUCCCUGCACAAGUCGUAGGCCCGAACGCGGGCUCGGUGUCGCUCUCGUAGGCGGGUGGGUAGGAGGGAGCGGGUGCGAAGGUUAUGUUGAAUGUGUAGGUGCACUGGCCUGGGAUGGUGUGGUUGGAGGUGGUGGUCG